AUUUUUAACACAUUUAUUAUCGCUGGCUUCACAGAACCUACAACUAUGGCGGAGCCCUCCUUAAGUGGUCCAGGCUCUGAAGGAGCACAUGGAGUGGUCCAGCAUGAGGACAGAGACUUUGAUCCUUCAGCAGACAUGCUCGUACAUGACUUUGAUGACGAGCAAACAUUGGAAGAAGAGGAAAGGCUGGAGGGAGAGACCAACUUCAGUGCUGAAAUUGAUGACCUCACUCGAGAGGGUGAGAUGCCCAUUGAGGAGCUUCUGAAAUUGUAUGGCUACAGCACUGGUGGGUCUCCAGAGGAGGAGGAGGAGGAGGGAGACAUUCAAGAGGAGGAUUCUUCAGAGAUUAACUGCAGCAGCCAUAGUAAACUCAAAGAGCUUUCAGAUCAAGAGGAUGAGGACGUGCAGUCGCCUGGUGAGGAGCCUCCGUCCUGCAGUGUUUCUCACAGGACAGCGCAGCUCCUCUACCCUCGGCCAUCCAAUUACUUUAAAGGGGAUGAGGAAGAAUCUGAAGAUGAUGAUUAUAUUCCAUCUGAAGAUUGGAAGAAGGAGAUAAUGGUCGGUUCAAUGUAUCAAGCACAGACUCCUGCUGGCCUUAACAAAUAUAAGGACAAUGAAAAAGUGUACGAGAAUGAUGAUCAGCUUUUGUGGAAUCCGGAGUUAAUUCCAGAAGAAAAGGUUGUUGAGUUUUUAGCCGAGGCUUCUAAAUGCAGCGAAGAGGAGACUGGUGUCCAUGCAAUUCCUGAAGGAUCUCACAUCAAAGACAAUGAACAGGCUCUUUAUGAAUUGUUUAAAUGCAACUUUAAUGCAGAAGAAGCUUUAAGAAGACUGAAAUUUAAUGUAAAGUCUACCAAAGAGGACAUGUCAGUUUGGACGGAAGAGGAGUGUCGAGGUUUUGAGCAAGGACUCAAGACUUACGGAAAAGAUUUUAGCUCGAUACAAGCAAAUAAGGUGAGAACUAGAUCUGUAGGGGAAUGUGUGGCCUUUUAUUACAUGUGGAAGAAAUCUGAGCGUUAUGAUUUCUUUGCACAGCAAACCAAGCUUGGAAAAAGAAAAUGCAGUCUUCGUCCUGGAGUUUUGGAUUAUAUGGAGCGUAUUUUGGAUGAGAGGGAGAGCUCUGAGUCCAGUGGAUCUUCAUCUUCCCUUCCCAAAUCUUCCAACAACAGCAAACACCCAUCAGAGCCAGAGAGUGACUCAAAUGCACAGAAUGGUGUAGGGAGCCAUUCCUCUGAGCCGCUUCUUUGUGUCACAGAUGAGAAAUCUCAGGCAAACGGUUCUGCCAAGUGUCCAGAUAUUUCCACAGCAAAGUCAGCACCCUGCUCUAACCAUGAAGCCAGCAGCCUGAGCACACAAGUCAUGGAGAUCACAGUCAAACAGGAGGAAGAUGAACGACCUCCUAAAAGGCUUAGGACUGACACCCUGUUUUUAGCAUAAAGGUAGCUGUGUGUGGGAAUUUCAGGGAUGCAAAUGAAGAACAUUUCUGUUCUCUUACAUUACCGUCACUGAGCUCAGUUCAUAUCUCAAACACUCAUUAUUGACUGUCAUAUCAGACAGUCAUCUCUGUAGCACUAUUUA